UUUUUUCUAACGAAUAAAUGUGGCUCUAUUCCAGCAGGAAGAAGUUUCUGAAGUGACGGAGGCGGUCGAGGAAGAUGAUGUUCUUGAUGUGAUAGCGGAUGAUGAAAAUAUUGAUGAUGAUGAUGAUGAUGAUGAUGAUGAUGAUGAUGAAGAUGAUGAAGACAAACAGGAGGAUGUUGAAGAAGAACGAGAGGUCAGUUGUCCGUUUUGACAAAAACGUCGCUUGCUUACGCACACUAAUUAUUAAUAUGUUGUGCAAGUGUGUGUAUCUAACCACGCAACAAUACUGAAACAAGCUAUUCAUUAUUGCUACUCGGAACAUACACACACUAGAAUGAAUGUGGGGUAAGAUUUUGUCAUGAUUGAAGUGGUGUGAAAGUGUGUCUAACCACAGCAACAAUACUGAAACAAGCUAUUCAUUAUUGCUGCUCAGAACAUACACACACUAGAAUGAAUGAGGGGUAAGAUUUUGUCAUGAUUGAAGUGGUGUGAAAGUGUGUGUGUGUAACCACAGCAACAAUACUGAAACAAGCUAUUCAUUAUUGCUGCUCAGAACAUACACACACUAGAAUGAAUGAGGGGUAAGAUUUUGUCAUGAUUGAAGUGGUGUGAAAGUGUGUGUAUCUAACCACGCAACAAUACUGAAACAAGCUAUUCAUUAUUGCUGCUCAGAACAUACACACACUAGAAUGAAUGUGGGGUAAGAUUUUGUCAUGAUUGAAGUGGUGUGAAAGUGUGUCUAACCACAGCAACAAUACUGAAACAAGCUAUUCAUUAUUGCUGCUCAGAACAUACACACACUAGAAUGAAUGUGGGGUAAGAUUUGUCAUGAUUGAAGUGUUGUGAAAGUGUGUGUAUCUAACCACGCAACAAUACUGAAACAAGCUAUUCAUUAUUGCUGCUCAGAACAUACACACACUAGAAUGAAUGUGGGGUAAGAUUUUGUCAUGAUUGAAGUGGUGUGAAAGUGUGUCUAACCACGCAACAAUACUGAAACAAGCUAUUCAUUAUUGCUGCUCAGAACAUACACACACUAGAAUGAAUGAGGGGUAAGAUUUUGUCAUGAUUGAAGUGGUGUGAAAGUGUGUGUGUCUAACCACGCAACAAUACUGAAACAAGCUAUUCAUUAUUGUUGCUCAGAACAUACACACACUAGAAUGAAUGUGGGGUAAGAUUUUGUCAUGAUUGAAGUGGUGUGAAAGUGUGUGUAUCUAACCACGCAACAAUACUGAAACAAGCUAUUCAUCAUUGCUGUUCAGAACAUACACACACUAGAAUGAAUGUGGGGUAAGAUUUUGUCAUGAUUGAAGUGGUGUGAAAGUGUGUGUGUCUAACCACGCAACAAUACUGAAACAAGCUAUUCAUUAUUGUUGCUCAGAACAUACACACACUAGAAUGAAUGUGGGGUAAGAUUUUGUCAUGAUUGAAGUGGUGUGAAAGUGUGUCUAACCACAGCAACAAUACUCAAACAAGGUAUUCAUUAUUGCUGCUCAGAACAUACACACACUAGAAUGAAUGUGGGGUAAGAUUUUGUCAUGAUUGAAGUGGUGUGAAAGUGUGUGUAUCUAACCACGCAACAAUACUGAAACAAGCUAUUCAUUAUUGCUGCUCAGAACAUACACACACUAGAAUGAAUGUGGGGUAAGAUUUUGUCAUGAUUGAAGUGGUGUGAAAGUGUGUCUAACCACAGCAACAAUACUGAAACAAGGUAUUCAUUAUUGCUGCUCAGAACAUACACACACUAGAAUGAAUGAGGGGUAAGAUUUUGUCAUGAUUGAAGUGGUGUGAAAGUGUGUGUGUCUAACCACGCAACAAUACUGAAACAAGCUAUUCAUUAUUGCUGCUCAGAACAUACACACACUAGAAUGAAUGUGGGGUAAGAUUUUGUCAUGAUUGAAGUGGUGUGAAAGUGUGUGUAUCUAACCACGCAACAAUACUGAAACAAGCUAUUCAUUAUUGCUGCUCAGAACAUACACACACUAGAAUGAAUGUGGGGUAAGAUUUUGUCAUGAUUGAAGUGGUGUGAAAGUGUGUGUGUCUAACCACAGCAACAAUACUGAAACAAGGUAUUCAUUAUUGCUGCUCAGAACAUACACACACUAGAAUGAAUGUGGGGUAAGAUUUUGUCAUGAUUGAAGUGGUGUGAAAGUGUGUGUAUCUAACCACGCAACAAUACUGAAACAAGCUAUUCAUUAUUGCUGCUCAGAACAUACACACACUAGAAUGAAUGUGGGUAGAUUUUGUCAUGUGAUUGAAGUGGUGUGGUGUGUGUCUAACCACGCAACAAUACUGAAACAAGCUAUUCAUUAUUGUUGCUCAGAUACACACACUAGAAUGAAUGUGGGGUAAGAUUUUGUCAUGAUUGAAGUGGUGUGAAAGUGUGUCUAACCCCAGCAACAAUACUCAAACAAGGUAUUCAUUAUUGCUGCUCAGAACAUACACACACUAGAAUGAAUGAGGGGUAAGAUUUUGUCAUGAUUGAAGUGGUGUGAAAGUGUGUGUAUCUAACCACGCAACAAUACUGAAACAAGCUAUUCAUUAUUGCUGCUCAGAACAUACACACACUAGAAUGAAUGAGGGGUAAGAUUUUGUCAUGAUUGAAGUGGUGUGAAAGUGUGUGUGUCUAACCACAGCAACAAUACUGAAACAAGGUAUUCAUUAUUGCUGCUCAGAACAUACACACACUAGAAUGAAUGAGGGGUAAGAUUUUGUCAUGAUUGAAGUGAUGUGAAAGUGUGUCUAACCACGCAACAAUACUGAAACAAGCUAUUCAUUAUUGCUGCUCAGAACAUACAUACACUAGAAUGAAUGUGGGGUAAGAUUUUGUCAUGAUUGAAGUGGUGUGGAUUUGAAGUCAAGAGGGCAAGAAUUUCUUGUUUUGUAUUUGAUUAUGUUAUGUAUAGUUCACAGACGGAUGAAACGUGUGACGAACUUGGGCAAACAAGGUAGUUUGCUUGAUUAUCCGUGUGUGUAAGUGUGUGGCAAACAGAUGAUUAAUCCGUUAAGACAAACUAUUUAGAUAUUUCGUCUAUUCAUAGGAACUUGCAUAGUUUUGAUGAACUACGAGAUGUUUCCCAUGCUUAUACACAGACGAAUAAUGAGACGAAUUAUCUGUUUUUACCCAAAUUCGUGCAGACGUUACAUCCGUCUCAAUUCUAUAUAUUAUAGAGGUCAGAUUUGACUUCCACUACUGCUACCACUACCUCUGACUGGCUUAGUACGCAUCUGAUUGGUUAAUCGAAUAUAUCAAACGCAUCUGAUUGGUUGAUGGUCCCUUGAUAGCUACGGUAGUGGCAGUCAAAUCUGAACGACCAUUUUGAUUCGUCUAAACGCCCAUAUAGACGGCAAAAGCAAACUGUAUGUCAGGCAUAAUUUCUUCCCAGGAUUAUAAGAACAUGGUAUUCUAACGGAUUGUGUUUCCACUUGUAUUCACAUCAUGUUAUCCAGGUUGUUUGUAUUGAUGAUGAAAGUGAUGAAGACGAGGUUAAAGAUGAUAUUGAAGGACAGAUUGAAACAGAUGAUAUCGAUGAUGAUGAUGAUGAUGAUGAUGUUGUCGAAGUUAUUGAUGAUGAUGAUGAAGAUGAUGAUGUUGAUGUCGAUGAUGAUAUUGAUAUGAAAGGUAGGUAAACGUUUCUGUAUCAUUGUAAAAAUACCAUUGGCGAUUAUUUAUCUGCUAAGUCCACGAUCCAUCAAUGACUUCAAACGAAAUGUACACCAAACAAAUGGGAACCAUGAGCAAUGAUAGCUCUCGUGAUAUUGUUUUUCACUCAGUGGAAAAGUUUCUUCAGUUUUAAUUAUAGUUAUGGUAACUUGUUUUUUUUUUCAACAGAAGAGUUCGUUGAUGAAGAGAUAACUGAACAAUCAGAAGUUCCUGAACAAGAAGGUAUCUUUCAAUCUCUGCUGUAAAUAUGUGUAAGAUAUACAUACACAUGUGCUGUAAAUUAUAGACAUUCUAAUAUGAAACCAGGCCGUGAAAACACCCCCCUGAAAAAUCUCGUCGACAAAAUACAAUGUCGGAAAAUUGUUUUCGUAAUCAGCAAAAGUUUUUGAGUGGCACUGAUUAAAAAGUAAUAGUUAGGCCAAAAUUUUGAUAAAUUUGCGAAAACGUACACGAAAAAUGUAAGGAUUACGGUACGUUAACGCAAAAGUUUAUGAAAAUUGUAAUUUUCCGGAAAUUUUUUUAACCCCUCCCCACCCCCGCUCGCCAACAAUUUUGGGAAAAGAAAUAUUAAUUAGCGACUUAAAUGUUGUCGGCAAAUGCGAUACUACACCCCACCUCCCUGCUUUAGCCUCUUCGCGAUGGCCUUGUAUAAAACAGGGUGAUCUUAAAACAGAGUGUUAUGAAUCGUAAUAAAUCAAUUGUAUUCAAACCUCAUUUGCUUUAAGAUAACCUUUUAUUCUGAUUAAGAAACAUUUUUAUACAGAUCUUAGAAAUGAAUUUUUCAAAACAAUUGUCAUUGUCCUUUUGAAAUGUCUUUAAAAUAGCAUAAAAAUAUGGAUGAGUUAAUGGUCAUUUUGAAUAACACCGUUGAGGAUUUAAUAACAAGACAAUACUUAGCCUACAGAUUGAUUUACUCGGUUCUCAAUGUACAUAUUUCAGAAAGCGCAGACAAUGCGAAUGUUGUCAAUCCUACUGCUGACACAACAUCAUCAUCUCAAGACCAGCAUUCUCAAGAUAGUGCUCUGACGUCACACAACGUCCGUACUGCGACUCAACCACCCUUCAUUAGAUCACAAUCUCAUUUGGCGCCCUUUACCUUAUCUCAGGUUAGUAGAUGCCUGGAUAGAUGUUAAUAAUGAGAGUAUAGCCUUGCUUAUUUGAAUUUAUGAUUGUGUCAGAUAAGCAGUACAUUACGUACUAUUCGAAGUAUAGGGGUGCUUUAUCAGAUUUACAGCACGAGUGCGCAACACGAGUGUUUUAUAUCUAAUCAAGCACGACUAUAAGUGCUUUAAAUGACUUAAAAACGACCCAUUCUAUGAGUUCAUUGGCGAAGUCAUUUUAAAAAUAAACGUUGUCUAAGCCGAGAAAAUCAAAGCUAAUAUUUAUUUAAAUUAACACGUUUUCUAUCGCAUAUAAAACCACUGACACGGCACUGAUUUCCUUUUUCUUAUGAAUUAUUGAAGCGUUUUUUUUAAUAAGUUUUAAUUGGAACCCCUUGCUGGUACUUUUUACUAAGUAACAAUUAUUUAAUAUAUGGUACGAUAUAGGUUCAAUGUAGGUAAUUGACAUAGCUGAGUCAACUAGAAAUCCAGUUAACAUUAUGAAUUUGUAAAGCAAGCAGGAUAGUUGAUUUGAUGAGAUGUAAUAUAUGAUGGAAUUUACUAAAACGUAACCUAAUAUUGUUAUUAUGCUGGAGCAAUCAUUUUAUCAAGAAAGCAUUUUUUUAAAUUAUCAUUGUUAUCCAGGCUCAGACAAGCGGCGGUGGAUUUGACGAGACUGAUGACUGUAUGGUACCUAGUACUCCUACAUUAUUUAUUCCAAAACGAUCUGAUGGCUUUAGUGAGAUGAUAAGGUAUUAUAUAUAUAUAUAUAUUCACCUGUGAUAUGCUGACAGUUUUUCUACCUGUAGAUGUCUUUUAGGAAGAAGCUGUUACUAUACUGCAUGAUAAAAGUUUAAAAAACUUUGUAUUGAACAAAUAGAAAAUAUUUUGCCGUUGUCUGUUUAGUUCUAUAUGGACAGUAAGACAUACCUGUGCUACUGUGGUAAGAACAAAAAGUAUCCCACGAGGCGGUGGGUCGAAUGAUGUAUUUACCAGGUUGUAACUUUCUCUGCGUGUCUGCAAACAGCGGCAAAGUGUUGUCAAAUUCUUUGAUAAAGACGUUGAAAAAUUAGCUCAACUCAGCUCAUAACGAAACAUUUUGCGGCUUCGAAGUCCAACGGAAAGAGGCUUUCGUUCUUGAUUCUUCUGAGAUAGCCGUGCUUGGUGCGUUCGUCGUCUAGUAGAUCAUGGCUUGAAAGACUAAAAGUGGUAUUGUAAUAAAAUUCUCACUUGUUUAAUUCUAGUUCUCCUCGUGUUCAACAUCCAUCAUUUUUAUUUGGUUCAACAAGUGAAAGCAGUUUAACUCAGACAGGAGGUCUAGCCAUGGGCAUGACAGAGGAAGGUGAGAUUUCUUUGAGAUGGAUUUGUAAAGUUUCUUGCAGUGAUGUAGCUAAAAUAUCUUGACUCCUGAGAGCAAUGAUUGUCCUUGCAAUAUAAUGACGUUCAUGGAUUCACAUAUUGUAUAUUAUGCGUUGAGUCUCAUUAAUUCUCGAAGUUGAUCUGAAAGAAUGAAAUACAUUAAAUCUGAUGUGCAAUAACUCUUUUUUUUCUGUAUGACGCAAGCACAAGUAUAAGAGGGAUCAAACGUAUUGAUUUUUUAUGGACUGUCCUCACCACGACGCAACAUGAGCAUAAACAUAAGAUUAUGAAAAUGUUGCUUUUUUCCCUUAUGCUUAUGUUGUUGCUUAUACUUUAUCUUGCAUUGUAGUGAGGACAUAGUGUGAACAACACAAGAAUAAGAGCAUCAAAGUGUUCCACUUGUUUAUCAUUGCGCUGCUGCUUGCAUUGUAGUGAGGACAUAGUGAGAACAACACAAGAAUAAGAGCAUCUAAGCGUCCCACUUGUUUAUCAUUGCGCUGCUGCUUGCGUUGUAGUGAGGACACAGUGAAAACAACACAAGAAUAAGAGCAUCAAAGUGUUCCACUUGUUUAUCAUUGCGCUGCUGCUUGCGUUGUAGUGAGGACACAGUGAGAACAACACAAGAAUAAGAACAUCAAAGCGUUCCACUUGUUUAUCAUUGCGCUGCUGCUUGCGUUGUAGUGAGGACAUAGUGAGAACAACACAAGAAUAAGAACAUCAAAGUGUUCCACUUGUUUAUCAUUGCGCUGCUGCUUGCGUUGUAGUGAGGACAAAGUGAAAACAACACAAUAAUAAGAACAUCAAAGUGUUCCACUUGUUUAUCAUUGCGCUGCUGCUUGCGUUGUAGUGAGGACAUAGUGAGAACAACACAAGAAUAAGAACAUCAAAGUGUUCCACUUGUUUAUCAUUGCGCUGCUGCUUGCGUUGUAGUGAGGACAAAGUGAAAACAACACAAUAAUAAGAACAUCAAAGUGUUCCACUUGUUUAUCAUUGCGCUGCUGCUUGCGUUGUAGUGAGGACAAAGUGAAAACAACACAAGCAUAAGAACAUCAAAGUGUCCCACUUGUUUAUCAUUGCGCUGCUGCUUGCGUUGUAGUGAGGACAUAGUGAACAACACAAGAAUAAGAACAUCAAAGUGUUCCACUUGUUUAUCAUUGCGCUGCUGCUUGCGUUGUAGUGAGGACAUAGUGAGAACAACACAAGAAUAAGAACAUCAAAGUGUUCCACUUGUUUAUCAUUGCGCUGCUGCUUGCGUUGUAGUGAGGACAAAGUGAAAACAACACAAUAAUAAGAACAUCAAAGUGUCCCACUUGUUUAUCAUUGCGCUGCUGCUUGCAUUGUAGUGAGGACACAGUGCAUGAGAGCAACACAAGCAUAAGAACAUCAAAGUGUCCCACUUGUUUAUCAUUGCGCUGCUGCUUGCGUUGUAGUGAGGACAUAGUGAAAACAACACAAGCAUAAGAACAUCAAACACUUGUUUAUCAUUGCGCUGCUGCUUGCGUUGUAGUGAGGACACAGUGCAUGAGAGCAACACAAGCAUAAGAACAUCAAACACUUGUUUAUCAUUGCGCUGCUGCUUGCGUUGUAGUGAGGACAUAGUGCAUGAGAGCAACACAAGCAUAAGAGCAUCAAAGCGUUCCACUUGUUUAUCAUUGCGCUUAUGCUUGCGUUGUAGUGAGGACAAGGCUUAGUGCAUAUUUUGUGCAAAAACAAGAAUGAUGUUUAGCCAAAUAUGAUGUUUAAGGUCCAGAUCAUGUCGCAUUCUAACUCGUGCCAGCAAAAUACAGUACAGCCCGCUUGGAAAUAAAGUUCUAUUUCAGACUAUCAAAUUAUUCCCCUGUCACUGUAUGCCAUGUUUAUUUUUGGCAGGUCUUCGUGUUGAUGAUACAAGGUUCGAUAUCAUGGCUUCCUCAGGGGAUGGAGAGGAGGCUGACCUUGGUUUUGGUAGGAAAUUAAGCCUGCUUCACAAUAGCAAUUUUGUUGGCGAGUUUGUGUUUCUCACGGAUGCAAAUGAGUGAACUCGCACUAUAGAGUCACUUUUCAGAAGCAAACAAUUCUUUUGCAUGUCAUUCAUUCGAUCGCAUCUGCCAGGAGGAGAAAAAUCGCCGACAGAAUUGCUUAUUCUCAUUUGUUUGCUUGGAGAUUAAACUCAACUAACACUAUUUAUACUGGACAACGCUGUCAGUUCAAAGUGGUGUCUCUUCCAGUCCAGUAAGGAAUUAUCCUUAUUGGUCACGUGCUACAGAAGCUAACAAUCGUUAAAAUCCUGCAGUGAUUAGUAAAUUAUAGAGGUUCAGAUUUGAGUACCGGUACCUCUCACUGGCUUGUAUGCAUCUAAUUGGUUAAUCGGAUAUGCGCAUCUGAUUGGUUGAUAGUCCAUUAAUGGUAGCAGUAAUGGAAGUCAACUGAAAAUAAUCGUGUUUUUAUUAGAUAAUGUUGUUCCAGACCUGGAUGAAGCCUCUGCUAUAGAGUUCACAUCAGAAGGUUUGUUAAUCAAGUAUUCUUUGUUUAUGCAGUAGUUUUAGUGUGAUCCAGAACUUCCGCAUUAGCGUGUUGAGUGCAGCACAAAAAUUUCAUUGAAGUUGAUAAAUAUCCAACGCUCGAAUGACUUUUUAAAAUUUACGAAUUCAAACGUUAUCUAAGCGUUUUGUGGUCACUUUUAUAUCUGUAGUUGGAAGAAAAAUACUUGUUCUUUUAAUUGGUAUGAUCAUCCCUAUGAUUCCCUGACCAUAAACGGAAAUAUAAAGAGAAAAUGUGAAUUUGUCUAUAAGCGGCUUUCUAUUUGUGUAUUAUUUAAUACCUUGUGUACUGUCACACGAACUUAGAAAAUCCAACUACGGAUAAGACUUCAUUGUUAGAUAUUUCUUUGGUAUAAAUAUUGUCACUGAACUUUUUAAACAUUUUUUUGCAAUAUGUCAACAAACACUACGCAAAAUUACUCGGCAGACAUCAGCGAAAUCGCGGGAAAACCUCACUCCUUUGUGUUCGCGUCAGUGGCUCGCAUACAUUGGUCGACUCGCAUGUUCAAAUCUCUCCCUCUGCGCAUCACACAUACUCCAGGGCACAACAGUUCGUUUCACCGCCAUGUCUUAUAAGCGCCCUGCUAUUUAGCAGACAUAGGAUUAUGAAACAUAGACCAUUUCUAGAGAUUUGAACUGUUGUCGUUUUACAGAUGAUCUCUUGGAUCCUCCUACGAUGGUUCCUGGAGUGUUAGGUUCUGCUAGUGUUGAUAUUUCGGAACAAAAUGUUCCUGAAACUGGGGAGAAAUUUGAUCCUGUAGAGAUCACAGAGAUCGUUGCUGUCGACAGCAAGAUUCCGGAUAUAGUUGUGACGUCACAGUUGGAACAAAAGACGUAAGUUUAGAUCGUGAGGUUGGCCACUAAUGUAUCAAUGUUUUAUAAUUAUGAUUUUUUCUGUGUUGGUGUAAUGUACUCAGGUGAAUAUGUUUGUUAAAAAUGUGCCUGGCCACGGUGGGAAUCGAACCUACGACCUUUGGAAUACUAGCCCAAUGCUCUGCCAACUGAGGGAUUCUGCGCAUUCAUGUUCUUACCCAAGAGUUUUUCUGGGUUUCAAAGUCCGAGUGCGUUUUGAAGCGAGCUUUAUUAAUGCACGCAGACUUUAAAGUUUGAAUAUUUGAACUUGGCUUUCAAACGUUGUAAUUUAAUUAGUUUCAAAGUACUAAUGUAAAUUAUAAUUGAAAGUACUAGUAUUGUAGGAAAAUUUCAAAGUGUCCUAUUGGACGUUUUCCUUGGACGUCUUUCUCUACUAAUUAAAUUAUUACAUUGAUUCCUUUUGUGUUUUGGGUUCACGACUUUGAGAACAUUUGUUCAAACAAUAAUUUGUUGUUAUCAAGCCAGCCUUUUGUAUUUCCAGGGAAGUAAAAGAUUGUGAGGAAGCCAGUUCUUCUACCUCAGUGAUCAAACCUACUGAACAACGUCAAGGUAUGAUUUCGUUUUAGUAGAACACGUGGAUGUUUCCAGGUUCUGCAGAUGGAAAUUUCGAGUGUAAAUUUUAUAUAUUUAUUCUGACCUAACCAGGAGCAGUUGCGAAAAAUGCAACUAUACGUCCUCUAGCAGGAAUCGAACCUGCUGCCCUGUGAUUCCGGUGCAGUGCUCUAACCAACUGAGCUACAGAGGCCAGAUGGCGAGCCGUGAAUCGCAUGCCCGUAGGUUGGAUUCCUGCCGGAGGGUCCGUAGUUGCAUUUCUCGCAACCGCUCCUGGCUGGGUCUAAUAAAUGUAUAAAAAUUCCACUCGACAUUUCCAUCUUUAGAAUCCUUCAACAAUUAUUUCUAUCGAAUGGGAUUGUCCCAAAUCCUAAUAUUUAGGGGUGGUCCCCCUUCCUAUACUUGUUUAGUAAUGUCCUGUUGAAACGAGUCCAGCAUUGUUCAACAUUGUUGGUCGGGGGAGCGUGUUCACUCAUGUACGCGUUGUAGCUAAAUGUUAAUGAUCACGCCUUCUUAUUCCUGGUUUCCAUAUGGUCGUAACGAUUGAGUCACGAUUUUUCUCAUCAGCCGAAAUAUAACAGUUUAGAACUGAAAAUACGCGAAUAACUGAGAAUACUCUUUGUAGGUUUGCAUGGCGAUAAAACAUAUAGAAACACAUAUUUUUAGCACUGGCGAACAUCCGGGCUUACGGAUCGAACGCUUUGCAGUAAUAAAUUUACGCGGUGUUUCCACAAACAAAAAGUAUUAGAGAAUACUCAUGAUUUUAUGUGUGGUUUACAUGUAUAAACUAUUACAAACUGGCCGUUGAGAAAGAUCGUGACUCUAUUUUUACGACCAUUACGACCAUAUGGAAACCAGGCUUUGUCGUCAUAUGCUGGAGAAACCCGAAUUCAAACCCGAUCCAACAUCUUUCAACAUCAUCCAACAUUUUCGAACAUAGUGUUCAAUCCAACAACAUUGGAUGACGUUGGACCAAUAUGUUCGUUUCAACCUUAAUUAAGUCUUUGUAUUUUUUAGAUUCUUCAAAAGAAAUUGAUUCACAAGGAAGUUCAACAGCUGAGCCAUCAACAUCCACAGGAAACACAAGGAUAACGACAACAACAAGUCAAGGUAAAUAUCACUGAACGGUUUGUGCCAGCGUAGGUUGUGACCAACACACCAGAAAAUUGCAGAUUGAUAACUGCGGAUUGAUAACUGCGGAUUGAUAACUGCGGAUUGAUAACUGCGGACUGAUAACUGCGGAUUGAUAACUGCGGAUUCAACUACCUGAAAAAUACAAGUGAAACGUCGACGUUUCCAGGUCCUUCGCAUAUCACAGAUGAUUACCAGCAAUAAUAAUGACAGUCAUUACCCAAGAAACAAACAUGAAUUUGAACCAGUUUUGAAUCUGCGCGAGAAUAUCUAACUGAAUGAAAUUGUGAAACGAGUCGUGGAAUAGAACUUGGAAACGGAUUAAGGCGGUUUUCCACUAGGCGAAAUUUUUCGAUCGAACCGAAAUUUCUAUUGUUCAAAUUCAAAAGAUUUCUGAAUAGUUCCAUCUGAGUGCUUGUAAGACAAAAGAAAAUUUCGAUUUGGUCGAAAAAUUUCGCCUAAUGGAAAACCGCCUUUAGUCCAAAAAGACGUAUUUUUGUUGUUCAUUUCAGAAAGCCGUCCAAAGUCGACAGUUGUUCAACUGAGAAGACCGCUGGGUCAAACCACUUCAUCAGGACAGACACAGAGUAAGUUUUGUUAAUAGUUGCAUAUAUAAGUAGAAGUUGCUAGGUUAGCCAGGUGCGAUAUUAGCCGAAACAAAGGCGAAUUGUGUGCAGAAUGAACAACCGUAUUUCUCAGAGCAAUGAGCAAUGCAAAUGCGAAUUCAAACUGUAAUCAGCUCAAAAUGGAAAUCAUGCAAAAUGGCGCCGCACUCAACCUGCGCAAAAUGAAAGGGUACGAGCCACUGGCCAGCAAUCUGUCUCCAGGUAAGUUUGAUUAAAAUCAAUCACAUUUCAUAUGAGUAAGAAGCAUGUGUUAACGUGCCAGCGUACGUGUGGUAACAAUAACACGAGAAAGAUGCGAGGUAUUGUUGAGAGGUAUUUCAACGACCUCAUAAAUACAAGUAACUUCCCGACGAAGCUUUACUUGUAUCUUUUUUAUGUGUUGACGUUUCUGUCCUAGGUGGUCAAGCAGCAAGAGGUCGCAGACAAAUACGAAGAGUUCAAGGUAAACAUGCCUUGUCAGUAUUUAAUACCGAUGUUUUGAAAGGUUGA